CACUGCGCAACAAGUCCUGGGGCGCAAGAAGUGGAUGAUGAGAGUGAAUGACAACAAGGCAUGCAGUAGCUCAGACAGGAGACGGAUCUAUACUGGAUAAUUAGGUACGAUUCUUUUUCAUAUCUCACCCACAUAUUUCAUUCAUGCUGCCGCUCGGAAAUGAUGUGUCGCAGUAAAGUUUAUCCGGACUUUGAAAGCGCGCCGUUGGAAGUUUUCCCCACACAUGCCGCGGCACCGAAAAUAGUUUGGAGGACUUAUUAUAACCCAGAAUGGCGAAGAUACACCGUUUCACACCCCUGACGCAUUGCAUUUCUCUCAGAUUUAAUCGCAGAAAUAGCGCUGAAAGUUUGCCGCUGUUGGGAACACAGCAGGUGACCAGCGGGACAGCUCGAUCCCAGGCUGGACCUUAAUGUAACGGAAGGCAACGUGAAAUGGUCCCGACUUGUCACAGAAGCUGGGAGGACAUCACUUGAACGGAUUUAAAAGAACCUCGGUCCACUAUGAGAGCGCUGUGCUUGUUGUGCGUAAUCGUGGGGCUGUGGGAGUCGAGCCUGAGCAACAGAAACUGUCCGGACCUGAUCGUUGACAGCUGUCACUGCUCGGCGGAGAGGUCCAAGGAGCUGAGCAGGCAGCACGUCCGAGUCAAAGUUGUGUGUGAUGAUGUGGACUUGAUGGACACCCUGCAGCCCAGUUUCUUACCCAACAGAACCGUUUCCCUAAACCUGAGUAACAACAAGAUCUCCCUGCUGAGGAACGGCUCCUUCUAUGGCUUGGCUGCCCUGGAAAAACUGGACCUGUCCAACAACCGGAUUGGCUGUCUCUCCUCUGAAAUAUUUCUCAAUCUGGGCCAGCUCUCAAAAUUGAAUUUAUCUGGGAACAUCUUCUCCACUCUGACCAUGGGACUCUUCACUCACCUCCUGGCUCUCAGAGUGCUGCACUUUGGCACUGAGACUUUGUUCUGUGACUGUCAGCUUAAGUGGCUGCUUCACUGGGCUCGGAACAACUCGGUGAGGAUUGGCAACGACACGGUGUGUGUGUUCCCCACCCACCUCCACGGCCUGGAGUUUCGCAACCUACGUGAACAGCAGCUCAGAUGUGAAGGACCUCUGGAGAUGCCCCUCUUCCAGCUCAUCCCCUCCCAGAGACAACUGGUUUUUCAUGGAGACCGCCUACCCCUACAGUGCACCGCCUCCUACCUGGACCAGUCAGUGAAGUUGCGGUGGCGUCACAACGGCCACAUCGUGACCACACAAGAGGACCAGGGCGUCUACGUAGAGGAAACCCUGCUUCAUGACUGCUGCCUGCUGACCAGUGAGGUCAUCCUCUCCAACAUUGACGUGGGCAUCGCUGGCAUCUGGGAGUGCCUGGUGACCAGUUCCCGUGGCAACACUUCUCAGCAAAUGGAGAUAGUUGUUCUGGAGACGUCUGCACCAUACUGCCCAGCUGACAGAGUCACCAACAACAAGGGGGAUUUCAGGUGGCCAAAGACUUUAGCUGGCAUCCUGGCCUUCCUGCCCUGUGCUCCUGCCACCUAUGGCUCUGCCCCCCAUCCCUCUGGCGGUGCUCCUCACCCCUCCGGCCAGAGGGAGAAGAAGGCAUGGCGGCGCUGCGACCGGGCUGGACGAUGGGCUGAGGAGGACUACACCCAGUGCCCGUAUGCCAGUGAACUGACCCGCGUGCUGCAUGAGCUCACACAGAUAACUAUUAACACCACUAAUGCUCAGCCUUUAGGCCAGCAGUUAGUGGCCUUCACCAGCAGGGCAGCACACUUCAAUGACGUCAUGGAUGUAAUCUUUGUCACGCACCUGGUGGAGAGACUGACGAGGCUGGUGGAGAAACGUAGAGACCUGGGGGACUACAUAUCAGACAUAGCCAGUAACAUGAUGCUAGUGGAGGAGCACAUCCUGUGGAUGGCACAGAACGAGGCCAGAGCCUGCACUCGGAUCGUCCAGUGUGUGGAGCGUAUCGCUGACCUGGCGCUGACCGGAGACAAUCAGGUCAUUUCUAAGGUAUCUGCUAACAUAGCUCUGGAGGCCUUUCUGAUCCGGCCAUCUAACUUCCUCGGUCUGUCCUGCACGGCACUUCAGCAGCCCCCCUCGUCUUCCACCUCGCCCAUCCCUGACAGCCACUCCCACGCUGACAAGGACGCGAGCAGAGAGCGUGAUGCCGUGGGGGAAUCGUUGCUCAACUUCAAAUGCCACACUGUCAACAACAGCGGCUCACCAGCCAGUCAGCUCAGCAAGAACUCAGUGGCAGUCGCCUCAAUCCAUUUACCUCUGGCUGGUACGCCUGUCUCCUCCUCUGCGUUGCAAUCUGUUGAUAACUCCACUUGCAAGCUGCAGUUUAUUGUGUUUCGCAAUGGGAAACUCUUUCCUUGCACGGGGAAUUCGUCAAAUCUCGCAGACGAUGGGAAGCGUAGGAGCGUUUCAACACCAGUUGCUUUCACCAAAUUAGAUGGGUGCAGCCUCGGGAGCGCCGUGCACUCGGUUACUAUCGCUCUCAGGCACUUCGCACUGGGUGUAGACCCCACCGCAGCCUAUUGGGAUUUUGACCUGCUGGAUGGACACGGUGGCUGGAGGGCAGAGGGCUGCCACAUAACAGGCUCCGGGGGCAACACGACCACUAUUCAUUGCACCCAUCAUAAUAACUUUGCUGUGCUAAUGGAUCUGAAGAAGGUGCUGUCUUUCCCCCCAUACCCUGGGGAGUUUUUGCACCCGGUCGUGUAUGCCUGCACGGCGGUCAUGCUGCUCUGCCUCUUCGCCUCCAUCAUCACAUACAUAGUGCACCACAGCGCAAUCCGCAUCAGUCGGAAGGGAUGGCAUAUGCUUCUCAACUUCUGUUUCCACACGGCUCUGACCUUUGCUGUGUUUGCCGGCGGCAUCAAUCGAAUCAAAUACCCCAUCAUCUGUCAAGCAGUCGGGGUCGUGCUGCACUACUCGUCUCUGUCGACCAUGCUGUGGCUCGGUGUGACGGCUAGGAACAUUUAUAAACAGGUGACCAAGAAGCCUCCACAGAGCCAAGAUGGUGACCCGCCUCCGCCCCCUAAACAGCCCCUGUUGAGAUUUUAUUUAGUCAGUGGUGGAGUGCCCCUCAUCAUCUGCGGGGUCACGGCAGCCGUCAAUAUAGACAACUAUGGCAGCGGGGAGCAAGCGCCGUAUUGCUGGAUGGCAUGGGAGCCCAGCCUGGGAGCCUUCUUUGGCCCCGUGGCCUUCAUCGUCCUGGUGACAUGUAUCUACUUCCUCUGUACCUUCAUCCAGCUGCGGCGACACCCGGAAAAGAAGUACGAGCUCAAGCAGCUGACGGAGGAGCAGCAGAGGCUAGCCGCUGUCGACGUGCCGACCCACUGCCACCAGGGAGCCGAGCCUGGGGCCCUGGCAGCCCCACCCAGUGGGAGCCACUGCCCCGCCGGCUGCCCAGGUAUUCCCAUCAACCCUGCACUGCUGGCCAAUGAGCACUCCUUCAAGGCUCAGUUACGAACGGCAGCCUUCACCCUUUUCCUGUUCCUGGCUACCUGGACUUUUGGGGCGCUGGCCGUGUCACAGGGCCACUUCCUGGACAUGAUCUUCAGCUGCCUUUAUGGUGCCUUCUCCGUCACCCUUGGCCUCUUCAUCCUUAUCCAUCACUGUGCCAAGCGUGAUGAUGUUUGGCAUUGCUGGUGUUCCUGUUGUCCCGGACGACGUGCCAAUGCCUGCUCCGGCGCCCAUGGGCCUGCUCAAGCGCGGCCCAAAGUCAACGUGAAUGGAGAUACCCCGGGCCACGGCCACGGUCACAGCCACUGCCACCAUGACUCACCAUGUCAGGGUAAAGCACUGAUGAGUUGCAGUCAUGGCAGUUUAAGUCACUGUAAACACGCCGCCCUUCCGUCCUCGCAAAAUCAUGUGACGUGUCUGGCACCUGUGACUCCGUGCUGCGCCGCCCUGCACAGCCAGCAGCUUAUGGAGGAGGAGCCUGCAGCUACACACGUGCUGCUACAUGCUGACCCGGAGGGUUACCGGCCGGGGAUCCAGUUGCACCCCUGCCUAAAGAGCAGCACCAGGACUAAAGGCCGCCACUUCAGCCGCCGGGCCGGGGCUGGCGCUUGCGGAGCAGGGAGCGAGAGGGAGUACGCCUAUCACAUCCCCUCCAGUGUGGAUGGAGGCAGCGUGCACAGCUCACACACUGACAGCCCCCACAGCACACAUGAGCGUCACGCCCACAUCUGUCCACAUCUGGCCCACGAAGGCCACCAUGAUGGGCAUCAUACAUGCCACGCUGCUGCAGCCACCACGCACGAGGCCCUGGCAUGCCAUAAUCCCUGCCACCGGCAUAUCUGCUGUGCCAAGGCAGACCUUUUCCCUUCUCUGUGCCCGGCAGAGGCAGGCGACACAGGCGCCUUCCUGUGUGGGUGCGGCAAAGUGGCCGAGCAGGACCCGAUGGCAACACAUCACCAUCUGGAGAUGCAUGCCCCGCGCAGACAAUCCUACCCCCAGAACCCGCCCAAUCAGAAUGGGAUUCUAAAGGGGGGGCUGCAUGAAGGACUCCUGUACACCUCGGACAGCACAGGGAAUAUACGUACUGGGCCCUGGAAGAAUGAAACUACUGUGUAGUGCGGGAAGGAAUAACAAGGGAGGUGGCAGCACCCCUGCCUCGUCCCGCCAAAAAUAAACCCUCGCCUCCCUUUCUAGAAUUAAAAAAAAGAAUUGAACAUUUUAAACAUCACAAUCAGCGUGGGAUAUUUUUAUUUUAAUGUCCUCAUGUUUUUAUGUGUGCUGUUUUACUGUACAGAAAUCUGAUAUCAUGUAAAUGCUCCCUGAAGAGCGUCCAUACACAGAACAGAAUCUCUUCAAACCAAGAAGAAUUUGUGAAAUUUGUGUCACAUCAUACCAUCAGAUGUAAUUGAAGGUAUUUCCACUCUUCCAUAUUACUACAGAUCUCUCUCUAUAUAUAUACAAGAAAAUGAAUGGUUGUAUGUAUGAAUAUGUGUGUUAGUGCUCAAAGGCAACACGCUGCAAGAUUUUUUUACACUUUGAAUCUGAAUCCAUCAAAUAGUCUAUAAAGACAGUGAACCUCCAGUACUUUAAAAAACUCUUGGCAUCCAUGUUUUAGACGACUAAACCAGCAAUUUUAGACUUCAUGGGUAUUUUUGCCAUUCAGUCAAGCUACUGUGAAUAUCUACUAGAGAUUUUCUAAAUAAUAUACAAAGAUACUGUCGCUUGUCAGAGAUGUGUGGAUGCCAGUUAAGUUGUUGAAAAUUCAAAGCAACAGAAAAAGAGAAGUGAAAUUAAGCAUCCUCUUCCAGGUUGGUAUUGAUUGUGCCGUCUGUAUGAUGUCUUCACUGUUGUGUUUCUUUUUUCUGGAGAAAAGUAAAUAACGGCAGCAUCAACAACAACAGCGUGGCCAUUGUGAAUAGAGAGUUGAUGUCAUUGGAUCCAGUGCAUUUUCUUUUUCUUUUUUUAUGUAACACUGUGCCACAUAGAGCCAGGUCCUCACAGCGAGUCCAUUGCCAAACUAGUGUGCUGGUUUUCUUCUCUUCAGCUCAGCUUGCACAUGCUGUCAGACAUUACAAAACCAUUCUUUGUAAAAAAUCUAACAUUUUGGGGAAAAGAGUGUGAAUGUGCUUAUAGGAGAAACAACAAGCUGCUUUGGGAAACCUGCCUGUGACCAAUGUUAUUUUGUUAUUUUCCCUCUUAAUAAAAACUAACCAAACAUUACAGCCAACCUCCCCCACUUUUAUCUAAAGCCACAAAAUGACACAUGGCAGAAAUGAGUGCAGAUGCAAUCCCUUUAAAUUGUAUUUAUUUUAAUUUCUCGAAACAAAAGCUCCAAAGCAUGCAUGCCUCGUUGUAUGUAGCUAUAUUUUAACAGCGUAAAUGAAUGCUCAUCCAUGAACGUAUUAUUUGCCUCGACCAGAUACGACUGCUGCAGCUUGCCAUGUAUCAUUUUUGUCACACUCUUGGAUUAAGCCUAGUUCCCGACAAAUACUGUAUUAUUUCCCACUGGUAAUGGCCAUUUAACAAGACUUUAAGCUUAGGUUCAUCCUAGAAUCCAGUCCAGAAAAUCG